CUCCAACGUAACAUCAAUGAGUCUUUUGGGAAAUAUGCUGUAGCUAUGAUGGCUUCUUACCCGACCAAGUCGGUCUCAUCAUUUGAAUUGUUAGCUGAGGUUUGAUCUGGUUUUGCUGUAAAUUGUGUGUUUAAGAACUGAUUAGAUAUUUAUACUACAUAAUCCAGUUGUGAGGACUUUCAGAUGCUUUGAGGUGGGAUCUGGAACGUGAACCUCCUUUAUUAAAUAAGAACACAUCUGAAGUUUUGUUAGUGUCUCAGCCAGGUUGUUAGCCAGCUAGAACCUUGGUAAACAUGUAUGCAUGAUUUGGAAGAAGAGUAUACUUCUUUUGUGACAUUAACACGUCCUUCUUCCAUGUAAUGCGUCUUCACGGUCUUUUCAUGGUGGACAUUGUUCUUGGACAAGAUAUAGUACUAUGAAAAUAGCAAAAUACCAUUACAUGCUUGAUUGCUUGGACAGUAAUCUAAUUCUCCCAACAGAACCUUAUUAACCAAGUUUUUUGGGUGAGUAUAAUAUUUGGGAUUGGUAACCCAAUACAAAAUCCGUUCCAAUAAGAUAUUCAAAAUUUAUGUAUUGGGGUCUAAAUAAUUAUAUUUCAAAAUCAGCUUCCAAAUGGUGACUGCGGGUUGAGCGGUGCGGGAUAAGCGGUUUAGUUGCGGUGCGGUUCUAACAGUUAUAAAAAUGUAUAGAUAUAUGAUAUAUAUAAAGAUUUUUAUUACUGUUAACUACAGGGAGGGGCGGGAAGCGGGUUACCAUUCGAAGCCUCAGGGUAUCUAAAUCAAAAUCAAAGGUAUAUACUUUCAUAUACAUAUAUAUUAUAAAUAAUUUUUUUUAAAAAAAUAUCACAAAACUUGUAAAAAUAGAGUAGUAUCUUGAAUAUCUAUGCUUUUAAAUAUUUAUAAAAUUACGGCAUUUAAAAUUAACUGUUUUCUAUAUUAUAUUUUUUAAUUAAUACUUAUAUAUUUUAAAAAUAAGUUAUUACUCUUAAGUAAUUUAAUAAUAUAUUUCAGUAUUUUAUCAUACUGCAUCGGACAAGAAGUAAUCACUAAUUCAUGCUUUGUUCAUUCCUCUUCUUUUACUAAUAAGAAGAACACCAUUGGCUAAGUAGGUCAGACUGAAUUUUUGACAUUAUUUUUCUGUAACCGGUGAAACAAAACAAUAUAAAACUGAAUUUCUCGGGAGUAUCAAUAUUAUUCACAUGUGAUGUGACUUUUCUUUCUGUUUUUCCAUAAUAGAAUAUACAAACAAAUAUAAUAAAAAAUGAUGGCACCUACUAUGAAAAGCAUAUCUAUGAUCCCUCUCGCUCUCCACUAUCUAUCGUCGACGACAAAAACUUCCCACGCUAUAAACCCUUCGCGCAAUAGUUGCAGAGAUCUCAAGAAGCAAAAAGAGAAAACAAUGGUUAAAACUAUAUCUCUCGUGAUCCUCUCCGUGUUACUACUCUCCUCGUCUCUCGGCAGCGCUACAGCGACGGAGACGAAGCAGAGCCAGGAGGAAGUGCAGCGUAUGUACGAGCAGUGGCUUAUGGAGAAUCGGAAGAACUAUAACGCUCUUGGAGAGAAAGAGAGACGGUUCAAUAUCUUCAAAGACAACUUAAAGUUGAUAGAAGCACACAACUCUGUCCCGGACCGGACUUACGAACUCGGUUUGACCCGGUUUGCGGAUCUGACGGAUGAUGAGUUUCGAGCUAUUCACUUGAGGGGAAAGAUGGAAGUGACAAGUGAUCCAGUGAUAGGAGACAGGUAUUUGUACAAAGAAGGAGAUGUUUUGCCUGACAAAGUAGAUUGGAGAGAUGAAGGUGCAGUUGCUCCAGUCAAAGAUCAAGGCGACUGUGGAGGUUGUUGGGCGUUCUCGGCGACUGGAGCGGUGGAGGGUUUAAACAAGAUCAAGACAGGAGAAUUAGUAUCUUUGUCGGAACAAGAACUCAUGGAUUGCGACAGAGAGGGGGAUUCCGGAAACUUUGGAUGUUUAGGAGGUAGCGCAGCCAACGCUUUCGAAUUCAUCAUCGAAAACGGUGGUAUUGUAACGGAUAAAGUUUACCCUUAUACUGAAAAUGAUACUGCCGCAUGCAAGGCCAUUGAGAUGGUUACCACUCGAUAUGUUACAAUUGAUAGUUAUGAGGAUGCUCCUCAUAACGAUGAGAUGUCUUUGAAGAAAGCUGUGGCUCAUCAACCUAUUAGUGUUAUGGUUGAAGCAGAAAACAUGAAACUCUACAAAUCUGGUGUGUUUACAGGACCAUGUGAUCAUUGGUAUGGAAACCACAAUGUGGUAGUCGUGGGGUAUGGAACGACAGAAAGAGGUGAAGACUACUGGAUUAUUCGUAACUCAUGGGGAGCAAACUGGGGUGAAAGUGGAUACCUUAAGCUCCAGCGUAACUUCCAUAAUUCAACAGGGAACUGUGGAGUCGCAAUACGGCCUGUAUACCCACUCAAGUCCAACUCGUCAUUUGGUUUGUUGUUGUCUCCAAGUAUGUUUAAAUUGGGGGUUUUAUUUGUUUUAAUUGGUUGGGCCUUGUUGUGAGAUAGACUUUGCCAAAGCUCUAUCCAAAAGCUGGGUGUUUGUGUUGUUUGUUAUCUUUAAUUUAGUUCAAUCCUCUCAUCGAGGGUUUUUGAGAAUUAUCUUUCAUGUUCUUCCAUUGUUCAGAAUUAAUUAAAAAGAGAGAGACGUUUUCCUUC